ACUGAAGGUGAUCUACCGGUCUCGACCUCAUACAUGCUCCGCAGAAUCAACCAUCACUUAUCAAAGAUCUCUGCGGGAUCUCUACCAGCCCCAUCAUGAACAAGGGACGGUAUGUGGAGUUCACCCUGGCAAUAAGGUACCUGGAUAUAGGACGAGCCAGGGAAUUAUUACACGAUAUAUUCGGAGACCACUGCGAAAUUUAUUUUCGUCGCGGUAACCUAACAGUAAUGGCACCUCGCCGUCUCAACAAAGACGAACUCAAUUCUUUGUACCAACAGACACUUUACCGCGACAUUCAGCUACAGAAUGAAGUGUUUGCAAGUCAUGCGAGAGGGGGGGGGCGCUUUACUGGCUCAAGCGGGGGUUCAGCCACGAGUUCAGCGACGCAACCGACCGAAAACGUACCCUCAAUAGACCCUCAACAAGGCGUAUCCCAUUCCGCGAAAGGCAACACCGCAAGUGGGACCAAAGGCAAAGAGUCAUAUGAUGCAUCCGCAAGACUUGGAACUCCUGACAUCAGCGGGAUCCCAUUUUUCAAUCCAAAUUCCCAAGUUACUCCCCUGAUGAACUCGAUGAAGGGGUUGAAGAUGGGGAGCCCAGUCUUGGUUGAGAUGAACCGAUCCGGUAUGGAUGAUCAGGGUAAGAGGGUAUUGAGCGGCAUGUACUCGGUCCAACUGGAAACUGGUGAGACGUCCAAUGUGUUUAAUGUGACAGUCCGCAUGUCGGCGGAACAGCCUGAUCAAUUAAGCGCGGAGAAGGUGGUUCAAAAGUGUGCAAUCAAACGACUUCACGAGACUAUCUCCCCAGAGCGCUUUUGGGACGAGUAUGAAUCCCUGAAGCGCCUCAGUAGCGUGAAUCAUCCCCAUCUCGUUGAGACGCUUUCUGUAUUCAGAUCCGAAAUGAAUGGAAAUAUGUACUUCAACUUCAUGUUCCCACUUGCUUUGGGGAAUCUGAAACAUCUUUUCCGAGGAAGUUACGGUGAGAACCUCAGACUUCACACACGCGCCCAGGAAUCGCUCUGGGGACAGUUUACUGGGCUUUCAAGUGCUGUUGCAUACCUCCACGACGCCAUACAGAUGGCUCACCGCGACAUCAAGCCAUCCAACAUCUUGAUCUACGAGGAGAUAGCAGCCGGGGGCAAUCUAGUGUUGAAGCUUACCGACUUUGGUCUAUCAGUCGACCUCACGAAGGCCCUGACCUGGGAGCAGGGAAGUGUGGCUCUACAGUCGGCGUGGCUCUACGACUCCCCGGAGCUUCGGAAGGCGUCACCGAACAGAGCUACGACCCCAAGCUCAGACAGAAUCCGCAUCCCUUCAGCCAGGGACCUUUUGGCGAACGACAUCUGGAAGCUAGGGUGUGUUUUCACCGAGAUGGUCUCGUUUCUUGUGAGCGGAGGCUCGGCGGGCGUCUCCGAGUUUCGAGACUACAUCACGACGACUGAGGGCAAGGUUUCGUCCGACAUGUUCAACGACACUCGCUUCGAUGACGGCGAGAAUGUGAAAACCCAGGUCCUCGACUGGUUUAGUCACCUCUCGGGUAAGGAUGUGCGAGCAAAAUUGCUUGAGCCCAUUCUUCGGGAGAUGCUUCUCAAAUCCGCUCAAAGACCCACGAUAACGCAUGUUUGCGAGGCACUCAUCGAGGCUAGUACCCCAACGAUUAUGCCACUGGCUUCACUUGUCAAUUUCCCAAAUAUCGUCUAUGAUGACGGUUUACGUCUGGUGCGAUUUGCUCCCGCAAAUCAGGUUAAACCUCUCACACGCGUCGAAACUCUGCAACUCGGCAUGGAGAAAUUGACCGGAAGGCCAAUCGAUUGGACUCCAUUUCGGCGCCCUCGUCAGGUUCUGAGACCUGACCAGUUCAUGAUGACGUGGCAAUGGGGAGGUCAUGAGCUCAGCAUAUCGCUUUCCCAAGACGAGCUUGACCGCUAUAAGCCAACAUGCUUGCCUAGGACAACCAACAACACUACUCUCCUCCCCGUGGCAAACAACCAAGCCGCUUCCUCACAGCAUGGUUUUUUCAAUAUACCUUUGAAUACGAUGGGACAUCCCGCGAACACCGGUAGCCAACCAACACACGGUAACGCUCCUCUUCCGGGCAUUACGAGUCAUCCUUCCACGCCCCUACCGACUCCACGCCCAUCUAAAGACAUGUACUGGUGUGUUGAGAAGGUCUUUACAGAGCCGGCUGAAACGCACCUGUUUCCCAUAGUCAACACAAACACUCUGAACGAUGACCAGGAGUUGUAUCGACAGGUAAACAGGGCUAUCGGGAGCUCAGUAGGCAGUUCCCGCACGAGGUGGAUUCUGCGACGGCUGUCUUGGAAACGAUGUACUAAGGUCGAAUUUGUCAAGUUUGUUGUGGUGUGGAGAGAUAGAGACCAGGUCUCUCUUAUGCAAACCGGCCUCCCUCCCACUUCCGACCGAGACUAUGAACACUCUGUCCCUGAGCCGUACGACGUUCAUAUGAGAGCCGCAGGGGAGCAGAUAGUGUUUGGACUCAAGGAUCCAAAAUUGGCUGAAGGAGAAACGACCAUCAUUAACAUGUUGCCCAAGAAGGUCAACCCUCCUCCGUUUGUAAAGCAGAUGGGACAAGCGGGUUGGGGAUUGCACGUCAAGAUGGGAUUCUCGCAGCGCAGGUUCCUCGCCUGGCUUCUCUUCUGCACUGUCGGGAACGGUAUCUUUGUAAUUGUCUGGCUAACAAAAAUUAACCCCACGGACUUGCAGAAUGCCGUUGUGCCAGCUACUAUUGCUACAGUUGCUCUGACAUUUGCCUGUACGGUUAUGCAGAUGGCAGAGGAGAGGUAUACUAGUAAGUGAGAGUGUUAUCGAG